UACAUAAAAAAGUAUUUAAAAAAUCCCGCUGUCCGUAAGAUGUCAGCAGCGCACUGCAGUGUCUUUUUCUUUCUUCAUUUUCGACAUUAUCUUGUGAACCUCCACAGAUAAUUCCAAAAGCGUGACUCAACAUGGUAAAGCAAAGCCUUCAAAGAAUUCAAAAACCUUACCGGUUCUCCAUUCCAGUGAUCCUGACAACCGACAAAUCCCGUUGAAUCACAAAUCGAUUCCCACCUUUGCCUCCUACUCCGUGGCUAUAGACACGAAAUUUCUAUGUGUGCGUGAGUGCUCGAGUGCUUUCGCCUUCCGAACACAACCAAAAGUGUGAGAGAGACAAUAAAUCCAUCGAAAACCGUCAAAUCCAAGCCAUCAAGUGCGUGCCCCCGUGCCUCUAUUUAUCGUGUGGUUGUCGGCAGUAAAACAAAGCACCCCUCGACGAGGAAAAAAUAAUAAAAAUAAAUGUGCAAUAGCGAAUAACAUCUCCCCCUGUGUUCAUCGUCAAUAAUUCCAGUGGGAGCUCCGCAAGUGCCUCUGCAUUCCCCCUCUCCCAUAAUGGAUUUCAAGUGAUGUUGUUCAUCAGUAGAACCCCGAAUAAUCCACAACAACAUAUCAUGUUAUUCUAGUUUAAAUUAACGUGCGAAAGUACUCGAUAGUCGUGCUAACGAUACAUGGGCGUCCCGAUGUUGUAACGAAAUAAGCCAAAAUGGAAGAGCAGAGCGUUCACAGCAGUAUCAGCGAUAUAAAUAGUGAGGAGCCAGCCAAGACUGAACCCAAUGUUGUUGUACCGAGGAAGAAGCGAAUAUGUCUGGUGGGCGCUGCUAGCAGUGAUCCAGCACUUGGUACUGCUGCUCAGCAGUUCGGGGUGCCUGUUCUUAAGUCCAUUACUGGAGCUGAAUAUAUCGAGGACACAGCCUACUGCACGUAUUUUAUUCUGAGGGAGUUUGAGGGACCGGAGUAUGAGACACUGCACAAGAGUGCUCACAGAAUUUUGGGGCCCACAGCUCUGCUGCAGCUGGCACAUAAGAAGGAGUCCUUGCCGAGCAUCAAUCGGCCAAUGUACACGAGAGCUAUGCUUGGUACUGUCGUUGUGUUCACGGGGUUCAGGAAGAAGGACGAAUUGACAAGGCUCAUAAACAUGAUUCACUGCAUGGGCGGCAGUAUCCGCAAGGAGGUGGGAGCCAAAGUAACCCACCUGAUCGCCAACUGCUGUGGUGGUGAGAAGUACAGGUACGCCGUGACCUUCAGAGUACCCAUAAUGUCAAUGAAUUGGGUCCUGGCCCUUUGGGAUGCCAAGAACGAUAUCUUCAGCUAUGGUAACAAUGACGACUUCAUCGUUCAACACAAACUCAAGCCCUUCUACGGUGCUCGCGUGUGCUUCUUCGGCUUCCCAGAUGAUGAGAAGAAGCACAUGGUAGAGGUAUUGCAGCAGCAGGGUGGCGAGCCCACGGAAAUCGAUGAUCCAGAGUGUACGCAUGUGGUAACGGAUUUAGGUAAUAACCGCUACAAGAUUGCGGACACUUCAAACAUUAACUCUCGAAUAUGCUUUGAUCACCCUUACUAUCUGUUCGCGCCCCUACACAACGAGAAACCCGAGUUGUGCACAGGAUUGAAGCUCCCCCCAUACCGUCCCAAGAUAUUCCCCCCAAAGGAAAAAGUUCUGGGGGCAGAGGACAAGGAUAUCUCCACCUCUCACGACAGUUUGAUCUCAUCCUCAACGUUAGAGUCAAUGGUUAGUAAUGAAUCAUUGAAGAACCAGAGUCAGGACUCUGCUAUUUGCAUGGACUACACUAGCAAAGAGUCCUUAUCAAGCGUGAAUCUGACGCGUAACGACUCUGGCACGUCGUCCUCGAUCCACAUAUCCUCAGAGGGUAUGAGACUCUUCAAAGAGGUUUCAGACUGUCACGAGACUGCUGUUAAUUACUUCAAGAGAAAUGGCCCCACCAAAAGGCGUUUCAGGUGGAGAAGGUCAAGGUCGUGCUUCAUUCUUCCGCCUUUGGACACGUCGAAUCAAUCUCGAUUCGUCAAAAUUUACUCGCAACCAAAUUUAUCGAAGAAAAAUGAUGAUGAUGAUGAGGAUUUUCUCACUGACUCGUCAACCCUCAACUCCAGGAAAUUUCAGCCGAGUCGCAAGAGAAAGCUGUGGAACCGCUACCAGUCGAGGGGCCGGAGGGGGGCCCCUUCCUUAAUGUCGAUUUUGGAUAAUGUGAAUUUUCCGUUCGUACCCAAACGAUCGAUCCAACGGAAUGGAAGGGUCGAUCCCUCCAAAGGGUUUCCACCCAAGUUCUCCCAGACGGUAUCCUGUGGUGCUCUUCCUCAUCUCUCCAAGGGAAUUCAGGAGAGGGAGAUGAAAUUGGAACAAUUGAGACUGAAUUUGAAAGCUUGUGACAAGAAAUUUUCAACGGUAGUCGACGAGUCCAAUGUCAAUGCACUGCCGGACCUCGCCUCCGUUCGUGCGCAUAUCGUUAAGGCUGAGUGGUUCUGGACGUCUGUACAAAAUGAGGGCGCUGCGGAUGAGAAGGAAUAUCGUUUUGAAGAUUACCUCGAAUCAGUUAUGUCGCCAAGUGCCUCAUCCAGAAGGGAGAGCCAAUCAGCAGCGACACCGACAACAGCAUCGACAAGGCGAAAACGUAAACGCCUAGCAGAGACGCUCUCAAGUCUCGUUCAGAACGGAGCCGAUUCUCCAGCAGUUCAUAAAAGACGUUCUAGUAUCAGUGAUGCUGGCCAUCUGAGUGUCAGUGGGAGUUUUUUAGACUGUACUGCUAGCCCUGAUAAACAAAUGCUCGAUGAUAUUCCAGAGGUCGAAACUGUUACAACGGACUCUGCACGCAAGAAUCUCUCCCCGAGGCAUCAAGUCGUUUUGGAACUUGUGCAAACAGAAUCUAAUUAUGUUGGAAUUCUCAGUACAAUCAUGACGCUAUUCAAAUCUCCCCUGGAAGACUACAUAGAGACCAGCAACGAGCUCCUAAACAGUACAGAAGCAAAAAUAAUCUUCGGUAACUUUCCUCCAAUCUACGAGGUUCACAAAAAAAUGCUGGAAGAGCUUCGUUACUGUGCCGCUCACUGGACCGAGGAUACGAGUAUAGGGAACAUAUUUUUAAAGUACGCCCCCGACUUGGUGGACACUUAUCCUCCGUACGUGAAUUUCUUCGAGAAUACGAAGGAAAUGUUGGAGCAAUGUGAUCAAAACAAGCCCCGGUUUCAUGCCUUCCUGAAGAUCUGCCAGACAAAGCCCGAGUGUGGUAGACAGAGUCUUAAAGAAUUGAUGAUAAAGCCUGUACAACGAUUGCCCAGUAUUAGUCUAUUAUUAACCGAUAUUCUUAAGCAUACGAAUAAGAAUAAUCCAGACCACAGUGCCUUGGAAUUGGCAAUCAGCAGUGUUAAAGAGGUUAUGACGCAUAUUAAUGAGGACAAGAGAAAAACUGAGGGCCAGCUUGUCAUGUUCGAUAUAUUCAAUGAAAUCGACAAUUGUCCACCACAUCUAGUCUCGUCACACAGAUCUUUUAUUGGUAAAUGCGAUGUUAUGGAACUUGGGGAGGGUUUGAGUGGCAGGGGUGACCAUUUGGUACUUUUUUUGUUCACUGACACACUGGAAAUUUGCAAGAAACGCUCCAAGGCAUUCAACUCACUCAAGAGCCCCAACAUGGCUAAUGGUCUGCAUACAGCUAAACUCAGCCAGGGAAAGCCUUACAAGCAUAUUAAAAUGCUCUCUCUCAGCACUAUCAAAAAGGUUGUGGAUAUUCGUGAAACAGAGGAAUGCCAGAAAGUGUUCGCUUUGAUGGUUAGGAGCAAUCAAGAGUUGAAAGAAAAAUUAUUUUCGUUCACUAUUACCGAUGAGGAAGUCAGUAAGAAUAAUUAUUUGAAGACGCUGUGUAGACAAAUGGCCAAUACUGUCUGCAAAGCUGAUGCAGACACUUUCCUCAUUAGCUUGGACUCUCACCAACUGGAGAUUGAUACUAGUGACGUUGCUCUAGGAACACUGAGCAAAGCAUUUAAGAGCCUAUUUCAUAAUUUUUACCUGGAGUAUAUGGAUCCAUUUGCUACCCGUACGAAGAUGAAGGUGGGCCGAGCAUUCAGUUUCAAUAAGACACCCAGCAAACUGAAAAGGGCCAUGUCGACGAUGAUGUCACCCUUUGGAUCUACACACAGCCUAACACCAGCGAGUCAGCAGCUUGCGCAGAUGCGAUUGGCCAGUUGUAACAAUAUUAAUUAUGAGGAAGACUGUCGUCGUAAGUCUAGAACUGGGCAAUGGUGGGUCAGAUUCGUCGUCUAGAGACGAAGUACUCGUUGCUCCAAUGUCAGUACAACCUACGAGAAAAGCAAAAUGCAGCUCCCUGAGUAUCGCCUCGUUAAGAAGGUUGUAAGGGUUUAAUUACCUAAUUAAUAACACGAUAACGAAGCUACUGGUUCCCAAGCAUUCAUCACACAUACUGCUUUAAUUGCUUCUCCGCCGAUGCUUUCCCCAAAACGUAAUUUAAUUAAUUCCCAAGGCUGUCAAGACACGAAUUAACAAUUUUUCUUCUUUAAUCGAGAGAAGACUCUUCAGUUGGAGUAAUCACUGUCAUUUAGCAUUAAUCAGUGUCAGUGGCUGCAAUACCUGUCUCUCAUCCCUUUUUUCUCUUUUGUGGUUUAGAAACUGCUCCGAGGAGGUCAUUGAGGACAAAUCAAAUCUUUGAGAUUUUUUUGAAUUACGUAUCAGCGCUUUUAAUCGUUUCACGUAACGCGAUAUUAAAAGAACGUCAAGCUAGUAAACAUGUGAUUAUCAUUACAUUAACGUUAAACUGAGGAAUGAGAGUGUCCAAUAGAAUUCCAGUAUGAACACAGUGUAUAUAGUUUAAUAGAUCGAUCUCAUUUUUCACUUUACUACUAAUGUUCAUAAUUUUUUCUUCGCAUUUUUUUGAGUGUUUGAAAAAAAAUAUGGCAUUGAAUUGAUCAAUUGUGGAGUUAAUUAAGCAAAUUAUUAUCCAUCAAAUUGAUGCAAUUUUCAGUGUUAGAAGCCAGUGAAAAUAGGGGAUCGUAUGAAAAUAAUUCCUCAGUUCCUCGAAUAGCAUUUUGUUGACUACAAUUAGUACAUAAAAAACAGGAUCAUGAAUGAUGAAUGGCAUGGGGAUGCGUCCGCGAUGUUUUUUUUUUAUUUAUUUUUCUUCUCCUUCAUAAUUAGAUUGAGUAAAUCUUACUACACUGGAUGGGGUGGAUUUUGUAGAUUGGGAAAUGUGAGAGUACUGAGAUUGCCAUGAGGCUUAAUAUUAUUAUUAAUUGUUUAUCGAUGAUUAAGUGGCCUUGCUGACCGCAAUUUACGUGGUUAUGAUAAGACACAGCUGCGCUGUGGUGUGACAAUCCUAAAUUGCAUACAUUUAUUAUCAUUAUUAAUUAUUAUUAUGUUAUUUAGUAUCUUUUUCUGAACGAGUGGAGAUUUCAAAAUCCUGGAUAAAAUUGAAAUUCACGUCAAUUAGGCUCGUUUACGAUUAAUUGAAGCAACAUUUUGAUCGUUGGAUUGUAAAUAUCAGUGAAUACUCUUAACCGAAUAGUUCGUAAAAGGAUAAUUAUAUAUUUUUUAUGAUAAAUUACAACGAUAGGAGAUCCAUUCGGUUAAUCUCAUUAAGGAUUAUCUAAACCGAUUUAUAUUGAAACACUGUAAUACAUUGUAAAAAAUAAUCAGAUGAAUUUUAAUAUCAGAA